UAUUACAAAAACACAAAUACUUCGCAUUCCCAAAUACAAGAACUUAAGCAUUUGCCACUAAUACAAACCGGAUUGUCCACCUUUAUCUCCAUUAUGCUUGACUUAUUCGCAAAGCAGAGGCAGUGUUUGCUUUUAAUGGGACAUAAUUUUGUGCGAGAUAAAUCAGAAUUGUUGAAGAAAUGGCAUAACAUUAAAUAUGUCAGCGUUCUAUUGCUGGUCGUGUCGGCCCAAUGGCCCAUAAUGAAUUAUACCAUUUAUUAUAUUGACGAUUUGCAGUUGGCCACGGCCAGCAUGAGUAUUAGCUAUACCAAUGUCCUGACUGUGGUAAAAAUUACCACGUUUCUUUUUUACAAGUGGCGUUUUGCUGCAUUGAUGGAAAAACUUGAAUCUAUGUACCAUGAAUUACAAGAGGAAGAAAGCAAGGCAAUUUUGAAGACAUCUAAUCGCUACGCCAUCAUUUUGGUUAAUAUUUAUGGCAAUUCUGUUGGCUUAACGGGUCUGUAUUUUAUGGUGGCGCCAAUAUUAAAGAUAGUAUGGUCAAAAAUACGUAAUACGGAAUUACAAUUAGAGCUACCAAUGCCAAUGAGGUUUCCCUUUGAUUUCGAAUCGUCUCCUGGUUAUGAGGUCUGUUACAUUUAUACCGGCCUGGUCACUCUAUCUGUGAUGACCUAUGCCAUUGCCAUCGAUGGUCUAUUUAUAUCAUUCACCAUCAAUUUGGUGGGUCAUCUCAAGACAUUGCAACACUUUAUACAGAGCAAAAGCUUUGAGCAAAAUGAUGAAGACGUUCACAAGCAGAUUUCCUUUUACAUUCGUUAUCAUAAUUUAAUACUACACCUUUAUCAAGAGGUCCGUCAGAUUUAUAGUCCCAUUGUGUUCGGACAAUUUCUCAUCACAUCAUUGCAAGUUUGCGUUAUAGUCUAUCAAAUGGUUACGCACAUCAAUACCUUUUUGGUCUUUGUAAUCAACUGUACGUUUCUUCUGUCGAUUUUGUUACAACUUUUCAUCUACUCCUAUGGCGGUGAAAUUUUAAAAAAUGAGAGUCUAAUGGUCGGAGUCUCAGUGCAACUAUCCAAUUGGUAUAAUUUAAAGCCAACACAUCGUCGCAUGUUGUGGCUGUUGAUGCUGCGUUCACAACGAGAGGCCAUUAUCAGAGGUGGCUUCUAUGAAGCAUCUCUGGCUAAUUUUAUGACGAUUUUGAAAGCAGCUCUUUCGUACAUCACUCUCAUUCAGUCUAUUGAAUAGACUGAAUACCAUGAAUGCUAUACCAAAUGGAGACUAAUAUCAUCAUGAUUGCAUCAAUAAUAAAGUAGUUUAUAGUAAUGAAGUUUAGCAUUAAUGUUCAUUAUGUUCUGAAAGCUUAAAAUAAAAAUACAAACGCUUUAAAGCUCUUGCUAUGUAAUGAUAACAAUUACCAAUA